AUGUAGAUUGUCAAUAAUUAUAAAUUAAAAUCAAAUUAUGUUUAAUUAUGAUGUCAGCUUGAACGUGGGCCCGCGAUACAUACGAAUUACAAUAACGUACGCGCGCAGUUUAUCUUCCGAGUUCCGAGUUCCAUCUAAACCGUCCAUUUUGCUUAAAAUCAAAAUUGCAAUAUUUGGCUAUAGAUUAAAACAGUCACUCCAUUCCAAAAUCUAUCACUGGAUUUUGCUGUUUAGAAGUACAUCAUCUCUUGCUACUAUAUCAGCUUUGUUCAUGGCCAAGGGAAAUGGCAAGAAACUCAAAAAGAAAGGACAAAAUAUGAACCAACCAAAUGGUAAAAUUAAAAAGAAGAAUAAGGUUCUUAAGGUUGAAACCAAAAAUGCUGUUGUUCCUGCUCCUCUCACUGACCCUGUGCAAGCGAGUACUUCUGCUCUGCCUAGUGAGGAAAAUAGAGCUGCCUCACAGAAUAGAGAGAUGGAAAAUGAAACAAAUAAGCACCUUUCUGGAUUUAUCUUCAUGUGUAAUCAAGAUACGAAAUUAGAAUGUUACCAGUACCGUGUUUUCGGGCUUCCCGUGGGAAAGAAGGAAGUGGUAGAGGCCAUAAAGCCUGGCACUAAGCUCUUUCUGUUCGAUUUUGUGUUGAAGCAGCUAUAUGGUGUGUAUGAGGCUACCUCUGCUGGAACAAUGAACUUGGAACCUGAUGCAUUUAGAGGAAAAUUUCCUGCACAGGUAAAGUUCAAAAUUUUCAAGGAGUGUCUUCCCUUGCAUGAAAGUUCUCUUAAACAAGUUCUAAAGGAGAAUUACGAGGGCCGGAAGUUCAAGCAAGAACUGAGUGGAACACAAGUGAAAAACUUGUUAUCAUCGUUUCGUCCUCUUGGUGCUUCAUCCCAACGUCAGCCCCCAACUCUGCCCAAUGUGUCAUUAUCAAGGGCAAGACUUCCCUCAGCAAUGGUGGAACGACAUGAUGGGGUGCAAUAUUAUCAUGGUCGAUCAGUAAUGGAGCACCAACCUGUUCAGCCAGUGCAUAUUCUGCAGCAUGGAUAUCAUGGAACAGCGGCAUAUAUGGAACUUGCUCAUCCAGCCAUAGAGCAUCGAGGACUGCCUGUUAAUAAUUUGUAUUAUGUUGCUGAAUCUCGACAGCCACACUUCAGUGAAGGACGUGCCUAUUCCAUGCAGGAACCCCAUUCCAGAUAUGGGACAGUGCAAGGGAGGGGUGUACAUGAUCAACUCCCUGGCUUGAGAAGUGAAUAUCGUAGAUUACCUGUACAGAGAGAAGUCUUGCAUCAAGAUGAAGUGGUUGCAUAUGGCUCCUACGGCUCAUAUCCUUCGUCUUCUGUGCAACGACAACCCAAUGCAGCCGGACACAGCUCCUACCCAGCACCCCCAGUCGUAUAUGCUGCAUCAGCUGUGCAACCAAAAGCCCCAGAAUCCAUAAGAUCUCAAGGAAGCAUUCCCGUCUCUUCCCAUUAUUUAUUCGCGGGCCCUACUGAGAUAUAUCCUUGAUACUGGUGUGACGUAAGUUUCUAGGAUAAACAAGGUUUCCCUUUUUUUUUUUUGCAACCUAAAAAUUGUGUUUAUUAUGACUACUGCUAGUAACUUUGAUGUCGGACAACCAACUUAGCUGACUAACUUGAGGUUGGUAAAAAUCUACAGAAUUGUUUUGGGUAUGUUGGGCUGAUAAACUUGUGGUUUAACAGUAAAUUGUUCAUGCUUGAAGUCCAAGUUAUUUUAUCUUCUUCA